AUGGCUCCAAUCGAUCUCGGCACUCUGUCCAGCAACUGGAAGAUACUGCAGCAGCGCCUGAAGCCUUCAACGCCGGCAACACCUCCGAAGAACAAGAAGUCGGAAGAAGAGAAGCCGUCUUCACUCAAGCGCAAGCGACCACAGCACGUCAAUGGAAAGCACGGAGAUGAAGCAGCAAAGUCUGUAAACGGCUCACAGAAGAACACACCACGCAAACCCCUGCCCUCGAGAAAGCGACAGAAGAUGGAAGAGCCUACGUCUGUGGGCGCUUCAGUCAAGCAGCAUGACACCAAAUCGCUUUCUAAGAGCGUCUCGAUGCCCUCUCUCAAGAAGACGCCUCUUCUGAGCGACCCGCAAGACGCUGCAGCUGCUGUGUCAAUUCUCGAACCACAUCCCGACUUUCCCGAUGUAGAGAAUGAGGGCGUGUCAGAAGUAGCACUACCCGGCAAAUACGUCGCGUUAGAUUGCGAGAUGGUGGGAGUAGGACCAGAGCCCAACCGCGACUCUGCGCUGGCGAGGGUGUCUCUGGUCAACUUUCACGGUCACCAGGUCUACGAUUCCUACGUCCAGGUACCACGGCAGAUCGAAAUCACCGACUAUCGAACACAUGUCUCUGGUAUCGAGCCCAGGCAUCUUCGCAAGGACGUCGCGCGACCCUUCGACGAAGUACGAAACGACCUCAAGAUCCUUCUCACCGGGCGCAUCCUUGUUGGUCACGCAGUGAAGAAUGACCUCGACGUGCUCAUCUUGAAGCAUGACAAGCGCUUCAUUCGCGAUACAUCCAAGUUCUCAAAGUUCAGAGAAUUGGCUACCAUACCAGGGCGCACACCAGGUUUGAAGCUAUUGGCAGAGAAGCUGUUGGGCGUGGAGAUUCAAGUCGGCGCGCAUAGCUCGGUCGAAGACGCCCGUGCUACUAUGGCGCUCUUCAGGUUGGAGAAGGACAGCUUCGAGCUUGAGGUACGGCAGAAGUAUGGUAAUAUCCGCCUCGACGCAAUUGGACCAGAAGUCGACGUCGGUGGUAGUGAAGAUACCAAAAAGAAGAGCCGGAACAGGAAGAAGAAAAAGAAGAGGAAUUAA